AUGCGCCCUAGAACUUCGGAAACCCAGCCUUCCCAGGCUCAGGUUCAAGCGGCUCCCGCUCCCUCGAGCCAUCACCAAGGGUUCGCGUCGGCCCCGCCUCCCGAUGCUCACCAUGAUCAACACACACAAUACCAUCACCAUCGCGAACCCACUCAGCAACAGCAGUCCCAUGAACCAUCGACGCAGGGCGGCGCAAACCUUGGCCAGCCUUCGUUCUCCUCCUACCAUCAGACCUUCCCCGUGAUACCGUCAUCCUACUAUCAUGAACCCGGCUCAUUUACCCACGACGAUUACGACGACUACGAAGACUACGACGACGACGAGGACACCGACGAUGCCGAGGACGACGAUGACGACCUGGACAUGAGCGACAGCGACGGAGGCGCCCCUUUGGACCACGUCAUGACGGUUACCAGCCUUCUCUCGCCCAUGCCCGACCCUGAGACCAACAUGAAUCCUCCCGAUCCCUACCCUGGGGCCCUUCAUGGCGAUCAGCCCUCUCACCCGGCACAGGAGCAUCACCACGCAUCGAGCGAGCCGCCUGCCCAUAUGGUGAACUACUGGAGCAUACCGCUUGCCGCCGGGCAUGGCUUUCUGGAUCCGGCAGGACCCCAACAUCCCACCCCCCUCGACACUACUCCUUUCCACCCCAUGCUGCAUGCCGGGAACAUGGAGGAGGAUGACGACGAUGAUGUGUUUUAUCCCAGCGUCGCCGAACAACUCCAGCAAUUCCAAAGCGUCACUGUCGACGAGGAAGAGGCGGCAUGGCAAGCAACUGGUCCUCCAGCCGGCAGUAACCCUAUUUCCAGUACCCUUGGCCCAGAAAACCCGGGAUUGGCCGACUUCCUCAAAGACUGGGCCUGGCGCAACCGUUACCAGUCUCGUGGCCCCAGUCCUGGUAUUCGCCAGAUCAACGAGCAGGCCGCACGGCAGAUCACGCGAGUGCGGUACUCGGAACUCCAGGGCAACCGGUGUGAUGCGCAAGGUAUCGAUUGGGAGGACUUAGGAGUCACGCGGAAGAACGCCCGUGAACGUCGAAGCCUGGACUACAAGAACUACACUAACAGGACAGACUCAGACAUCUGGGCCCCCCAUCUACCCGACAGGAUCAUUCGGAACACAGAAGACUUCUUCAGGUUCCGCCGUAUGGACAUUCGUCAAAAUGUUCACUUGGCCCAUUUCCAGCUGCGCAACAUUUUGGCAUGCGCAGGACGGAGCCACGCCUUCUACCCUGGCCUGGGAGCCGUGCACCAGAUCAACCCUGUAUCUGGCGAGAGUGAAGUAGCCAUGGAUCUCAACGACAUGUUUGGGGUACAGAUAUCGACUUUGGAUGCCAGCUGCGGCGUUCUCAUCGCAGGCACCUUCAACGGAGAGUACUGCAUGCGAAACAUUUAUAGCCAGGACAAGAAGUACACUGAAGGCCAAAUCACCAACCACGUCAGUGGUAUCACCAACCACUUGCAGAUUCACCAAUCGAGGAACUCAUCGGCACCGCUAGCGGCAUUCGCGUCCAAUGACCAGGGCUUCCGUAUUAUGGAUGUUGCCACGGAAAAGUUCAUCCUCGACACGCAGUAUGGCUGCCCCAUCAACUGUUCCGCCCUGUCAGCCGAUCGCCGCUUGCGAGUGAUGGUCGGCGAUAACUACAACGUCCUCAUUGCCAGCGCCGACACUGGCGAGAUACUGCAAGAGCUGGGAGGUCAUAGAGAUUUCGGUUUCGCCUGCGACUGGUCAGAUAACGGCUGGACAGUCGCAACGGGCUUCCAGGACAUGAGUGUAAAGCUAUGGGACGCACGAAUGUGGACCAACUCGGAUGGUACCAGCAAACCACUCACCACCAUUCGAUCCGAGAUGGCAGGUGUUCGCAGUCUGCGAUUCUCUCCCACAGGCAGUGGGCCCCAAGUUCUCGUCGCGGCUGAAGAAGCCGACUAUGUCAACAUCAUUGACAUACAAACUCUUGCCCACAAGCAAACGUUCGAUAUCUUUGGAGAGAUCGGAGGUGUCGAAUUCACAAACGACGGUCAAGAUCUCAACAUUCUUUGCAUGGACCGGACCCGUGGAGGAUUGGUCCAGCUGGAGCGUUGCGACGUGGGCUACGGCGCCGACUCUGAGUAUGCGCACCAAGCGACACCAUUGGAUCCCUGGUGGAGGUCCAACCAAAACGGCAUUCUGGCUGACACAGAGGUGCCUGGACCGAAGAUGAAGGCUCGACGAGAAAGAACCACCGCCUGCUUUGAUGACCUGGAGCCUUUCUGA